AUGGAGAAGAACAACUUACGAGAGGAAAAUGUGGAAAGAUCUGGAGAAAUAAAAAUACUCAAUCAGUCGUUUCUUAAAAUUAGUUUUAGUAUAAAUGUUCAAACAUUAUUUUCUAAUUCAUACGUUUUUCCAGCUACAUGUGGUAACGGAGUAGCCAAGAUUCAAAUCCAAAGAACCGGAACCAGUGCAAAACUACAAUCCAUGGGAUUCCAAUCCAUAAACGUACCCGGAGGAAUCCUGUUCAUCAAACCCAAGCCAGACCUGGUGAUAACACCACCUCCGAUCCUAGUCAGACCACCUCGUCUUAACCCAAUCACACCCCCAGCAAUUACUGUACAACCACCACAACUUCCUCCAAUUACCCCGCCACCAAUUUGGGUCAGACCUGCACCUUUGCCACCCAUAACACCACCACCUAUCUGCGUCAGACCUUCCCCAUUGCCACCAAUUCAACCGCCAACCAUCAUAGUCCAACCACCACGACCAAGUCCGAUUCAACCCGCUCCAAUUACAAUUAGACAGCCUGCACAAGCCCCUAUUAAUCCACCACCAAUUGUGGUAAGACCACACGCCCCAGCUACUAUUCAGCCACCAACCAUCAGCUUCAGAACUUCCGUGAUUUCUAGAGGUAGUUCUGGAUGUGAAGGAAGUGGUGCUGGAGACAACAGCUAUGGUGGUGAGGUUGGUCGUAUACCACCAUGCCCGUCCAAUCCAUGCUCUCAAUACUGAAAAAACAGCCUAACUGCUAACAUUACACCUUAUUAGCAAAGGAACUCUACCUGUGAAUGCUAGGAAUACAGAAACAGAAUAACCCGAUUAAUUAUAAUCCUAUCAGAACUCAAAGCGAAUGAUGGAACGCUCACAUUGAAGCAGAAAUAAGAAGAAAUGAAGAGUGUUAAAGAUAUAUAAAAACUUUUUUCAAGUGUCGUAAAUAAUAAUGACGUAUUUUAUACUACCAGAUUAAAUUGACUUACUUUAGAAGACAGGAAAAUAUCUCGCAUUAAGAUUGAUGGUUUUUUCUAAAAUGCAUCCAGAUAUGAGCUACUAUUUUAGCCUCUAAAUAAAAAUAAUUAACCUUUCCCUGCAACUAAAAUUACAGACAGUCCCAGAAGUUUUUGUAGAAAUUGUAACUGAGGAAAUCAUUGCUUUUGAGAUACUUGGCUCUAAAAGGGUUCUCCGUUUUUAUUUGGAGAUGGUUUUGAGAUGAUCCAUUUGGAUAGCCAUGAGAUAAUUAGGAUAUAAUUAUUGAGUUCUCGAGUAUUAUUGCCACUUCCUUAUCAGGAGAAAAUUGAAAACUUUAAAACAAAUUUUACAUCAUUCUUACUCAUAACACAGCUACUACUGCAGGUAUAUUGUGAUGUUAAUUCCAUCUUCGAUCUCGGCUUAAGUCAGAUUCGAACCUAAGUCGGAUUCUGUUUCUUUAAAGAAUUUUGUUAGCAGAUUUUUUGUAAAUAUCUGAACUUCAAUGAAUGGCUUUCCCUAACGGACAAUGUGUAUUUAGAAUACCCGUUAUAGUUUUAAUUGUAUGAAUGUUUGCAAAUAUAGCUUUAUUGUAAUUAUAUUUUGUUGAAUAAAAUUAUGCAAUUA